AUGCCCAAAUCAGAGCGCAGGCGCGCACCAAAGCGCAGCAAACAGGAGGAAACAACACCUGAUGUGGAUAUUCAGGAAAAUAAAGACGAUUGGAUUGAAUCUUCGGAUCUCAAUACUCCUUUCGGGCUUGUGCAGCCGGAAAUGCAAGCAUACUUUAAAGAAAUGAAUGUGCACUUGACCAAGUUAAAGCAUAGUGAGGACACCGAGGCGAGCGCAGAAGAAGCUCAGAUGCUUAUUCAGGCUGCACUGACAGAAAUGGAUGGGAAUGAACUGGUGCUGGCGACAGACCCCACAUGCUCUCUUGUGCUUGAAAAUAUGGCAGGUGUCAUGGGGAUCAAAGCGCUGCGUGUCUUUUUUGAUCGCAUGGCGGGUAGCUAUUUUACAUUGGCAGAGCAUAGGUUUGGCUCACACGUUCUUCAGUCUAUGCUGAGCGCUGCACAAGCUGCUAUGAACGAGGACUAUUCUACAAAAGAGGAAGAAACUGAUCCGGAGCAAGGUGUACUACGGACGUUACCACAGCUCAUUAAAGCCAUGUUUCUGGAGCUAGAGCUGUCAUUUGAAGAGAUGCUUUCAAAUCAGUUUGCAAGCCACGUACUGCGUAGCUUGAUUGCACUGCUUGCCGGAGUACCGAUUUCUUCGUUUGACGAUCUGCGCUCCAAACGAAGCGCAAAGUACCGUUCCAAAGAACACCAGCGCGACAUGAUGGUAGAUACAGGGGCGAAGACCGAUGCACCACAGGAUUUUGUUGUUCCUCCUCUGUUUUUGCGUAUGCUUUAUCAACUGUACGAUGACAUGCAUUCGAUACUGCAACCAAAAAAAAUUUGCGCUAUCAUUCCUGACCGGAUUGCAGCACCGACACUGAGCGUAAUUCUGAAAUUAGAGAAUGGAUUAACCGAUGGCAAACAGAGCAAGGCAUGGGCGCGCGACUCUAUUACUGCGCGCGUACUGGAAUAUACGGACAAUGGUUCAGAGCGUAGCGAUAUCAUGGAAUCGGCCUUGCGCGACACGAUCGCUACGCAUGUGUUGCAAAGUGCGCUACUUGGGGCGCGAAACACUGCAUUGGCGCGCUUUUGGAAAGUGUAUAUCCGUGGUCGGGUAGUGAAGCUUGGCGCUCACCCAUGCGCAAAUUUUGUUGUGGCCACACUGCUGCGUCUUUUGCCGAUAACCAGCAAUGACGAGGGUCCGUUUGCAGAGGCUCUCUCUGAGCUUGAGCAGGCGGGCGAUCAGCUUGUGAAAAACAGCAUGCUGGGUACGCUGCAAACAGCUGUGGAGCGCUGUGCAGAGGCCAAUGCGCUGGAAGACAAGGUUAUGAGGGCUGUACUUGCUGCGUUUCGAUUCCCUUUGGAAGGAGAGAUUCCGCUCUUUGUUCCUGUGGUGCUGAGUAUGCAUACCCUGAAAGCAUUUAAGAACCUUGCUAAAAGCGCCGAUGAAAAGGAGGUGCCUGGGAAGCGCAAGCGAGCUCAAAACGAAGAUGAGCGUGUUACUACACAAGGGAGUAUUCUUUUACAACGCGUAAGUCUAUUGCAUCCGCCACACCAGCAAUACCUGUACGAUAGCCUUGCGAAAAACAAGGCACUUUAUUCUUGGUGCUGCUCUCCUGUGGCUGUACACGUUAUUUUGGCAGCUUUGCAGACGCCUAAUGCAUCAUAUGCGCAACGGCGUACACUAUUAUCCUCUUUGCUACCGUUCCUGUUGGACUUAUGUGACGACAUUUGGGGUAGCCGUGUUGCUGAUGCGCUGUGGAAUGCUGCAGAUGGGUUUACAAAGGGAAAGAUUGUAGAGCUUGCUCUCAAGCAUGAAAAGCGGCUUAUUGCUUCAACUUACGGGCGGUUUUUUAUACAGCGCCUACACUUAGGUGUCUACCGCAAGAGCCGUGAAGAAUGGAGAGAAUGGGCUGUGACGCAAUCGGUGCCUACGGAAACGGGCCGGCCAAACGAUACGGUGAACCCGUUUGCAUUUUUGCGCGUCAGACAAUUAGAGACCACUUCUACAACACGCAAGAAGCGUAGCAUGGAUGGACAGAGCGCGGAACUGGAUACCAUUUUUGCUGCUAUUGAAUAG